CUGUGUCGCAUCCCGCUGCUCUUUUGUUCUUUUUUUUUUUACAUUGCUUUUUGCAUCUUUGGAAAAUAAGUAUACGCCUUCAGGAAGUAAAAAUCUGAACUAGAAACCUUUAUGAGACAUUUAACUGAACUGCGACUGGAAAACGUUUUCACCGAUAAAAUUCCGCGAGAACUUUUUUUUUACUAGACUCUGAAUACGGAAAUAAGACUAUUUUUAUUUCAGCAGGACCACUGUAGUAGACGCCUAGUGAUCAAAAUAAUUUCCGAAGUAAUCAAACAGUAGCGAUUUUCUCUCGGAUUUUGAGGACCGACAGAACACCACCGCCAUGGAAACAAAGAUGAAGCGUUCCAGUCGAUCAGCGAUGAGAGCAGGGGGCACCCACAGCAGGAGAAGCAGUAGCAGGAACAAGGAAGUGAACUGUCUGACUUCGACAACGUCGACAGUCGAAGCAGCUGCAAUAGGAACUUCGAAGAACGCCCUGAGAGAGAGAUCGCGGGUAGAGAGCCUCCGAAGAGCGUACCUCGAACUGCAAGCGGCCAUUCCGUCAGUUCCGCCGAACACGAAAUUAUCGAAACUAGACGUCCUGAUGCUGGCCACGACCUACAUAUCACACCUGACGCAGCUCCUACAGGAGGAUGACGACGCCCGAAAGUCCCACGACGACAACAACAACGACACGAGUUGCGCCGAAGACGCGGCAGGUGGCGGGGGAGGAGCCAACAGGGAACAGAGUUGUGCAAUGCAAGACGUCAGCCCCCAGAAAAUGCAACAGAAGGGGCUCCUCCAUCCAGUUAAGAAAUGGCCUAUGAGAGCCCGUUUGUACGCUGAUGUGGGAGCUGCCGAGGCAGGACACUUGCUGAUCGAGCCAGUGAGAGUGCAGACACAUAGUCCCUUCCCUUCCAGAACAGAUCGCAUGCUCUCCCCUUACCAGACAACUUCAUUGCACGCUGGCAGCCAUCUUCAGCCUCGAAUGUCAACCAGCUUCCACCAUCCUCAUCCGACAGUCCACGUGCAGUGCAAACCACAUCCGAGCUUAGUUCCUUUCACCUCAUGCGGCUCCUCUUAUGAUGCAUCCACAAACCACUUGGAUGAGUUCACCUCUAGACCACAAGACACUCUCGGGGGAAGCCUCUCUCGCGCGCUCACUUCCAUCAUGGACGUUGGAACCAAGCUGAGUGUUUCCAGAGAAAUGGCGGCCAGCAGUGUAUUCCGGCUGCGAAUUUUCCUGGGUAUGCAAAUACCUGGCAUCCGGAUAUGGGUUGGGACUCCUACUUGACAUACAAUGAUCUCAAUGCCUGCCAAGCCCAGUGUCACGUGUCGCAAUCCAUGAAUGGGUUCAGUGGCUGCUGGACGGCUUGGAAUGCCUAACACUCUCGCCUUGAUAAGGGUAUUAUUUCUUAGUCGUAAUAGGCUCUAAAAAGAAAGGUUUAGAUAAAACUGGCUUUCAAAGACAGUACGCAUUAACAUUUUAGCUACUUGCACUAACUCACUAUAUACAAUUUUGCUCUAGUUUUGUCCUUGUCUAUGAAAAUUAUUAAUGGUUGUACAGUAUAUACCAGACUUAUGUGUCUAGACAUAAGUUUCCGCUGGAGUAGAGAUACGUGCGUAUUAGUUCUUAGCCAGUCCUACUUUUCCUUUUAGAAAGGCAAGUAGAAAUAUGCAGAAUAAUCAAAUUUACAAUAGAAUUACAGGAUAACAGCAGUCCGUUACAGUUAGUAUGACAGUUAUAAAUAACUGGUGCAGAAGGCCCAGUCGGAAACCAUGGGGUAAUCAAUCUAAAUGCUUGUUGGAAUUUGGAACCUUAGCAUCUUUAUUUUAUUUACAGUAAUGUUUAAACUCAUUUUCGAGUCACUCCUAAAUUAUUCAGAUAAUUCAGCGCAAAACUACACAUAGAAACAAAAAACUUAAUUCAAUCAUUCUAACAUUAGAAACUAAAAGCAUUUUUAGAGUAAAAUGGUAUGCUUCAAGAAGGCGUCGAAAGAAACAUUAAAAUAAAACAAACACGCUUCUGACUUCACAUAUAAAUUCACUAUGUAGAUAAUAAUAAUAAAAGUACCUCGCGUAGAUUGGAGAAUAGCUCCGAGGACUUCGUUAACUAGUUAAUGAAUUUAAGUCCUUAUCGUGAGGAACAAAGUUACCGUCGUAGUACUAUAGUGCCACUAUAAGGAGUGUAUACAGGGAAAGAAUCAUAACCCUCCGAAAUAAAACUCGUGUAAAGAGAGAGAGAUAGAGAUAGAUCCCUCUGGUUCUUAUGUUAACGGAAAACACCUGUCAGCUAAUAAUAAUUAGAAUUAGCAUCAUCAUAACCAGUAAACAUUAAUGUGAAAUAUCUAUUUCAAUCAUUUCUGAAUCGCACGUGUAGCGUUUAAUACUACGUACUUUGCAUUGAAGAUAUUGUAUCUCUGUUUCUUUAAAAUAAACUCUAGUGCGAUUAUUUGUUUUCCUCUAUAAUUCAGGCAAGUUUAUUAAACUGGUUAUAUAUAAGAUUGUGCACGUAAG